CUGCUUUUAUCAGCAGGUAAUGGUCCUCUGGGGAACUCGGGCAGCUCCAUAAAUAGCACGGCGGACACAAAGACUCCCUGCCUAGGGACCCUCUUGCAUGUGUGUGAGGCUUAGCGUUUGACAGCAACACCAGGCACUGCUGCAGCAGCGGCAACAGCAGCAGCAGCACAGCACAGCUCUCUGCUGCCAGAGACUCUGCUGGAGCUCGGAGGUGGCCACGGUCCGGACACAGGCAUCCUUCCGCCUGGCCGAGCUUGUGAGCCCGCGGCUUGGAGGCUCCUGCUGGGAGAAACUGGAUGUGUUCCCCGUCUCUCAGGACCACGGGCUGGAGCUAAUUGCUGGGCACAGGAGUUGGAUGCUGGAGACCGACAGGGAGGAGCAGGGAGUGAUGACCUCUGAAGCAGAGAAGGCAACAGCCCCCCAGUCUCCCCUGCCUGAAGAGGGCCUGGCUAGCGGAGGGCUGAAGGGGUCUGGGCUUCCGGCAGGCGACGACCCUCCAGUGGGAGAGACUUCUGCAGAAGAAACUUCUCCCACAGCACCCGCAGCACAGGCUGCAGUAGGAGAGACAGAGGCUGAUGCUGGGGAGGCCUCUGCCAGGGAGGCUGUCACUGGGGAGGUUGCUGUCGGGGAGGUUCCCGGAAAGGAGGCUGCGGUAGGGGAGGCCCCCAGAAGGGAAGCCUGCAGUUCUGGAGCCAGCAAGCCCUUCAUCAUCCCCGAGGUGCGCCUGGACUGUACUUUCAGCCAAAGCCCCGAGCAAGCAGAGUCGGAGCUCAGCCAUGGCGCGGAUGGAGAUGAGUACAAUGAAGGAGACGAGGAGGAGGACGGAGAAGCGGAGGAGGAGGAGGAGGAGGACGAAGAGGACGAGGAGGAGGAGGAUGGUGGUGGGGAAGACGGAGGUGAGAGCGAUGACAGUUACCUGGAGCAGAAGGAGUUGAAGCGCUGCAGCAUGAUGGAGCCAUCAGGAUGUGCGGAGGGCUUCACGUUGUCCGUGCAGAAUUCGCUGCGUCGCCGCACUCACAGCGAGGGUAGCCUCCUGCAGGAGGCCAAGGGCCACUGCUUCGCCUCAGACACCACCCUCAACUGCUCCGACAGUGAGGGCAAGCAGGGCGGCUGGGCCCUCCCCUCCCCCAAGACACUGAAGAAAGAGCUGACGCGAAAUGGCGGCUCCAUGCACCAGCUCUCUCUGUUUUUCUCAGGACACAGAAAGCUGAGUGCCCCGGAGGCUGACUUAAGCGGCGAUGAAGGGGAUGACGCCUCUCGGAAGAGAAAGAGCAAGAACCUGGCCAAAGACAUGAAGAACCGACUGGGGCUCUUCCGCCGGAGGAACGAGUCCCCCGGAGCCAACCCCGUGGGAAAGCUGGACAAAGUGAUGAAAUCUCUCAAACCCACCCCGGAGGAGGCGCUCAAGUGGGGGGCAUCUCUGGAGAAACUGCUGUUCCACAAGUACGGGCUGGCGGUGUUCCGAGCCUUCCUCCGCACGGAGUUCAGCGAGGAGAAUCUCGACUUCUGGCUGGCCUGCGAGGACUUCAAAAAGGUCAAGUCCCAGUCGAAGAUGGUAUCCAAGGCCAAGAAGAUCUUCGCGGAAUACAUCGCCAUCCAGUCCUGCAAAGAGGUAAACCUGGACUCCUACACGCGGGACCACACCAAAGAGAACCUGCAGAACGUGAGCCGAAGCUGCUUUGAUCUUGCUCAGAAGCGCAUCUAUGGGCUGAUGGAAAAGGACUCUUACCCCCGCUUCCUCCGCUCGGAGCUCUACCUGGACCUCACAAACCAGAGGAAGCUAAGCCCUGCCCUGUAGGGGCCUGGCCGCUGCAGGGCAGACUGCAAGCUUGGUGUUCACAUCCCGCCAGCCAGCGGUGGCCCUGCCUCUCCCUCCCUUGCUGCCCCGUGUAGGAUGGGAAGCGGGGAGGGGCCGCCCCGCUGGCAGCUCUGGAAGCCAUAUCCCCGCCGUGUGCGUGAGGACCAACGUGGGUGCCGCCCGGAAGAGGCUUAGGGACCAGAGCGGACGACCCCCGGGACCUCCCCCGGCCGUCCCGUCCUAUCUCGUCCCUGCCCGUCAUCUCUCCGGUACGACAUUCCAGGCUGCCCUCUUUGGGGUAGUGGGCAUGAGGACUCGGACUUGGCUCCCGACGGAGGCCGAGGCAGCCCUGGGCCCCCAGGAAGUGUGCCCCUGGAGCUGGGGAAGGCUGUGCCCGGGGCCAGUCUCUUGCCAAGACCAAGAUGCUGUGGGUUCCUUUUCCUAAGCGGAACCCCCUUUCUCUUUCUUUUGGAGAACUCGUAGCGACCAAGUUCCUUAAAGGACUGGAUACAAAGGCAGGGUUCCUGAGCCAGGCGGCAGCCCCUUGGAGGGGCACCUGGCUCCUCUUCCUCUGUAGCUCCUUGUCUUUGGAAGCCCGAGGCUGAGGAUCCUGCCACCUUGUCCCAGCCCCUGCUUCUGGUUUGUUUAUUUAUUUAAACACUGUAGCUGGAUGCUUGAUGCAUUGUUGGAUAAUAGGAAAUACUCGCCUCUUUAUUUUCUUAAUUGUCAUGUGCAAUAUUGUUACUAGGUUUCAUUGAAAGCUAGAAACAGAGUGCCCAUUCUAUUUUAAGAGUAUGUACAAAAUUUUCUAAGUUGGAGGGGUGAAUUUUUUUUUUUUUUUUUUUGCUGGUGGGCCCCAGCAGCAGGCAGCUGGGUUUCCUGAAUAUACGUAUUGUUUCCGGAAGCUCUCUGGUCUGGUGAUCCAGCUGGACGGCUGCAAUGUCCGACGGUCCCUGCCCUGAAGGAGGCCUGGGCUUCUAGCCGGGUUGGGGAGCACAAGCUUCCGGGCCCGUGCUGGAGUGCUGGACUUCGGGGCGUGGCCCGGGCCCUUCAGCUCAAGGUUUCAGAGGGAAUAAAGGGCCAAUAUUGUUUCUUGUA